GUAAACACGUUUUGACAAAUCUAGAAAAUUAAAAAAAUAGCCAUCAAUGUAUCUAUGAGGAGGGAUGGCUACAACUAAAGUCUAAACACACAACGCACACCUAGUCUCAUAAAUGAGAUGAAAUGAAAUACUCCUCACCAUUUUCAUUCAUAUUCAUAUAUAUGCUUCCAAACUCUCACAGUUUUCUAUUAAAAACCUUCAAUGGACAUCGAAAAGAAAGAGGAACAACCUCUCAGAUCCUCUCCCCUCCCCCACACUGACGAAUCUCGAAAGCGCAAACGCCGGAGAUGCAUCAUCUGCUGCGCAUCCAUCACCGGAGUUAUGCUCACCAUUCUUCUAGUCCUCCUCAUAUUAGGCCUCACUGUCUUCAAAGCCAAGAAACCCAUCAUGACUGUUAAUUCCGUCGCUCUCCAGGAUUUAAAUGUUUCUUUCCACACCUUUCCUAUUAGGGUUUCCUUAAACCUCUCUCUCGACCUUGGCAUCUCCAUUGAGAACCCUAACAAAGUCGGUGUAAAGUAUCAGCCCAGCUCAGCCAGUCUCCUCUACAGAGGCAACGAAGUCGGUCAGGUUCCUAUUCCCGCUGGAGAGAUUGGCUCCGAUGAUACCAGGGAAUUGAAUCUCACGGUGACUGUUUUCGCCGAUCGAUUACUUUCCGAUUCCGACAUGUACCGGGAUCUCCUCUCCGGUAACUUGCCGUUUACAACUUAUACCAGGAUCAAAGUUAAAGUUCGAGUGCUUUUCAUUCAUAUUCACGUCACGUCUAUCUCAACUUGCGACGUGAAUAUCGAUAUCGCAGGUAGACGAAUCGCGAAUCAAACCUGCAAUUAUCAGAACUCAUUAUAGCGCAGUAGUAGAUACGAUAUACAUAGGUGGAUUUUGUUGAUUUGAUUUGACUUGAUUAGAUUAGAGGUUUUUUUUUUCUUAACAUACGUCUUCUUCGUCUGCCUGUGUAUGUUGUGUUAUUGUUGUUGUAUGGAAUAAAGCUGUUGAUGUUUAUAUUUUAUUGUAAAAGGAUGUAUUCUUUGUUGUUAAACUUCUAUUGCUUUAUGGAGCAACUUGAAUAUUAUAUGUUUCCUCGACUCUUA